UUAGCGGCGGCGGCGGCGGCCGCGCUGUAUUGUCAUAAAUAGGGCCGGCCCCGCGGGCUCGGGCCGCGCCGCUGGGUUGGAUGUUUCGGCCGCAGUGAGUGAGAGAGCGAUUGAGUGAGCGAGCGAGCGAGCGAACUAGUGAGCGAGUGAGUGAGAACGAGCUAGCUAGCGAGAGCGAGCGAGCCUAGGAAAACCGAGGGAGCGAACGGAGGAGGAGAAGGAAGGAGGGAAAGGGGCCGCUGAGGGGAAGAGAGAACGACUCUUGCCAGAGGUGGAGGCGCAGGAAGCGAUGAAAGAAAUGUCAGCCAGAAGUGCUGUGCUGGAGACCCAGCGUCAAAAGCAUUAUGGAAUCACAUCUCCAAUUAGUUUGGCAUCUCCCAAAGAAAUAGAUCAUAUUUAUACACAGAAGCUAAUUGAAGCCAUGAAACCAUUUGGUGUAUUUGAAGAUGAAGAGGAAUUAAAUCACAGACUUGUUGUUCUUGGCAAACUGAAUAAUCUGGUAAAAGAAUGGAUUUCAGAACUCAGUGAAAGUAAGAAUCUCCCACCUUCUGUUGUGGCUAAUGUUGGUGGUAAGAUUUUUACCUUUGGGUCUUACAGACUGGGAGUACACACAAAAGGUGCUGAUAUUGAUGCAUUGUGUGUUGCACCCAGACAUGUGGAAAGAUCUGAUUUUUUUCAGUCCUUUUUUGAGAAACUCAAGCAUCAGGAUGGAAUUAGAAACUUAAGGGCAGUAGAAGAUGCUUAUGUGCCAGUAGUCAAAUUUGAAUUUGAUGGUAUUGAGAUUGAUCUUGUGUUUGCAAGACUGGCAAUACAAACUGUAUCUGAUAAUUUAGAUCUACGAGAUGAUUCACGUUUGAGAAGCCUAGAUAUAAGGUGCAUCCGGAGCCUCAAUGGUUGCAGAGUUACUGAUGAAAUUUUGCAUUUGGUGCCAAAUAAGGAGACUUUUAGACUCACUCUUAGAGCAGUCAAACUAUGGGCAAAGAGACGCGGGAUUUAUUCCAACAUGCUAGGAUUUCUUGGUGGCGUCUCUUGGGCAAUGCUGGUUGCAAGAACUUGUCAGUUAUAUCCAAAUGCAGCAGCAUCAACUCUAGUCCACAAGUUCUUUUUAGUAUUUUCAAAGUGGGAAUGGCCAAAUCCAGUGCUUUUGAAACAACCUGAAGACAGCAAUCUGAAUUUACCUGUUUGGGAUCCUAGGGUAAAUCCAUCUGAUAGAUAUCAUCUCAUGCCCAUAAUCACCCCUGCCUAUCCACAACAAAAUUCUACUUAUAACGUAUCUACUUCAACCCGGACUGUAAUGGUAGAAGAAUUCAAACAAGGUCUUGCAGUAACAGGUGAAAUUCUUCAAGGAAAAUCAGACUGGUCCAAACUUCUUGAACCACCAAAUUUUUUUCAGAAAUACAGACAUUAUAUAGUAUUGACUGCCAGUGCAUCCACAGAAGAGAACCAUUUAGAAUGGGUUGGCUUAGUUGAAUCUAAAAUUCGUGUACUUGUCGGAAAUUUGGAGCGGAAUGAAUUUAUUACUCUUGCCCACGUUAAUCCGCAGUCAUUCCCAGGGAACAAGGAACAUUAUAAAGAGAGUGACUAUGUAUCUAUGUGGUUUCUUGGAAUAAUUUUCCGGCGAGUUGAAAAUGCAGAAAGUGUUAACAUAGAUUUAACAUAUGAUAUUCAAUCAUUUACUGAUACAGUAUAUAGGCAAGCAAACAACAUAAACAUGCUAAAAGAAGGAAUGAAGAUUGAAGCAACUCAUGUAAAGAAAAAGCAACUUCAUCAUUAUCUUCCUGCAGAAAUUUUGCAAAAAAAAAAGAAGCAAAGCCUUCAAGAUAUCAAUCGAAGUGCUAGUGGACUUCAGUCAAAGAGAUCAUCCCUGGAUGGAAAUUGCUUGGAUAGUUCCAGAGACACUGAUAAUGGAACACCUUUUAAUUCCCCUGUGUUAUUAAACAAGCAUCCCAAGCCUGAGAGUCCUCCUGUGGUAGAAAUGGAAAGCAGCUGUGCUGAACCUGAUGAAACAGCACCUGCCAGCAUUGCAGAAAAGCCUUUGGAUGUUGUUCCUUCACCUCCAAUUCAAGGAUUGUCUAUCCCAGUUAUUGGUUCAAAAAUUGAUUCAACAAUGAAAGCCAUAUCACCUCCAACUAUCUGUACUAUUCCUACUGUAGUAGGAAGAAAUGUCAUUCCUCGUAUAAUAACAUCUCAUAAUCUAGUCCAAGGACAGCAGCACCAAAAUGGAAUGUUAAGUGUAACAUCUAAAAGUGCUAUAUCCAAGAGAUCUCAUUCGCCUUCUUUAGAUGGAUCUCCUAAAAGGUUGAAAGACAUAGAAAAGUUUAUUGGACUUGAUUCAGCUUUCAGAGAAUCUUGUACCCCUAAAGAUGGAAAGAGAAAACCAAUAGAUAAUCUUGGAGGAGAAUCUAUGCCUAUUCCAACUAUUGACACAUCUAGACUACAGAGACUUCCCAGUAAAGAACUACCAGAUUCAUCAUCUCCUGUUCCAACAAAUAACAUCCGCGUCAUUAAAAAUUCCAUCCGUCUAACCCUUAACCGGUAAAAGGCAAUGUGCCUCAUCACAUAAAAGAAAAUAUGCAAUGGUUUAGUGGCUCACAAGCAGCUACUCUCUUUUUUUAUUGCAGUUGCUGUCCCACAUAAAAUACGGUGAGAGUUAACAGUCAUCAGCCUGGAAACCCUGAUCUGGUUUUGAAUUUUUAUGUCUUCACUUUGACCUGCAGAUGGUUCCUGUUACUGUAUGUAACUUUUCCAGAAUCACCUGCUGUCAGACUGUCUACUAUAUUAUGGCUUUAAGUUUAGGGGUUUUAUUGCCUUAACUUUAGAUGCUUGCUUCCUCUGUUAUGGGGGACCCAUCCUCACCCUUGUGGACUACCAUAGAACAGUCCUGAUUUUUUCCCCCUCCUCCAGUCUUGUGUUAUAAUCAUUGUCUGAAACUGAAAAGUUAAAAACAAAAAAAAAAUUGUCCUAUAAUUGUAAUCUACUAUAUGUCAACAUAUUUACUUUAGUCAGUGAAGCCCUGUUGUGAAAUGUCAGAUACAUGAAUUUGAGGUAUCAUUUCUGCUUUUCCAAUUUGUGUAGAUAUACUUGUCUGUUCAUCUAUUGUUGAUUUAAAUUAUUUUUCCCACAGGUUGGCACAUAGAAUAUUUAAACUAAAUUUUUGUGUGCAUUUCUGUCAAAAUGGUGCUUGGUUACUAGAGAGUAUUAGUCUAGUGAUUAAUGGCAAGCACGAAGCACCAUGUAUUCUUUCUAACUUGCCUCCCAUGGAGGUCUGUGAAAUGCAUCUUUACUAAAAAUCAAAACAUAACCAGGAUAACUGAAAGUCAGUGUAUGAAUGGUAGAAUUAUUAUAUACCAUAUCCCAUGUCAUCCUUGGUAUUUAUCUCAUGUUUUUGCAAGCUUUUGUAGAACCACAAAACAUUCCAGUACCAAUGAAAAUUAAUACCAUAAUAUAAGAGAUUACAUCUUCAUGGUGUGGAAUUAACUGGGCAUGACAACUCUACACCAUCAUUUUACACCACAACCUUAAAAAGUGUUUUUUUUUUUCCCCACCCUUCCCCCCCACUGACAGGCAUGCAGAAACAAGCAGUAGGUUUUAUUGAAAUCUAAAAGGCAUUUUUGAAUGACCAUUACAACUGACCAUUAAUUGGCUCAGGGCCUUUGUAAUCUUCAUUUAACAAAUACAUAUGUUGUCUUUUUUUUUACACUGCUUUUUUCAGUGCAUUUCUUAGUAAUUUUUUAAGUUUCAUGAAAGCAUGCAGUUUAUUAAAAAAAAAAAAAAAAACCAUAACCAUGUAAUUCCUCUUGUAAUAUGUUUGAUUCAAUGUUUUGUAAAUGAAGUCGUAUGUAUUUUCAGAGUAUUUUUGUAUGUACUGUAAGAUACCAUCUUUUCAAAGAGAAAACUUUAAAACCUUUACUGUCUCGCUUUAAUUUUUUACAUGGAUUAUGCUAAAAAACAAAAAAAGAACUUUUAGGAAUGGAAGAAGCACGUUUAAAAGUAGUGCACAUUACGUCAUCUACAUUGUUUAUAUAUUUCUCUAUAUGUAUAUCUAUAUACAUAUAUAGAUAUUUAGGUAUGUGUAUCUAUAUAUUUAUAUGCAUAUAUAUAUAUAUUAUCAUCUUCAGCUGUCUUCUUACUUAACAUUCAUUGAGGAUAGUAGACAAAAAGCAAACUGGUACUUUCACUUUUCCAAAUUUCGAUUCAAAUGGGAAAAAAUUUCUUUGGUUGGCAUGUAUAUUUUAUUGAAUAGAAAUUGUGGGUAUAUGUGUAGUAGAUUAGGUAACAGUAACUAAUAACCUUUUUGCAAACUUCGGCCCUUAAGUUGAAAGAUUUUGGCAGUUCAAUUCAGUUCAGUAUUCAGCUAUAUUCCAAACCUGUUAACAUUUUUUUGUUUUUUAAUGAAUUUUUCUCCCCUCAUAUUCAUGAUCUGGAAAAAUGGAAAUUUAUAGUGUCUGAUUUGUGAAAAGGGAAAUAUUAAAGCUUUCUAAGAGAAAGGACAAAAGAAAGAAGAAAAAUGAUUAUUAAUCCUUAAUUUUUUAAAUACUAACAACCCAUUUAGUAUUUUCCUUAGAAACUUAACGGUGUACUUUCAUCUUUGCCUUUAUCUUAAAACACUUAAAUGGACACUACAUUCCUUGUUAGUGUCUAUUUCCCUUUGAAUAAGAUUGCCUGGAUAAUUCCUGUCUUUUAAUAUUUGGCAGUUAUCCAAUUCCUUAACUUUUAAAGACUACUAUUGGAUUUGAUGAAUUAUUUCUGAUGUAGAGCACUGUAUUUUAAUUUUUUUUUAAAUAGUCGUUUCCAACCCAUUCAAAUAUGGAAUUUUUCCUUUAUGUACUAAGAAAGUUUUUACCCUACUUCAUUUCCACUAAGCUUGAAAUCAGUCCCUGUUUCUCUCUUUUUGUGUUGGAUGCCCAAUCAGCAUUUGUCAAAGAGAAUAUGAAGUUAUAUAAGCAUCACUGGAUUCAUAUAGCAUCUAGAGUUCACUUCAGAUUUCAGCUUUAAAUACAGUAUUCUUAAACUCUUAUGGUAAUCUUGUGGUAAGCCUAAUAUUUUGUUCCAUAAGAUUAAAGGGUAAGCCACAUCAGAUGCGCUCCAAAACUGAGUUAGGCAAAAGCUAAAUGUUUUCUACCCUAAACAAGAGGUAGAACUUUUAAGAUUGAUUAUAUUUCUUGUGCUUAUGGAGAGGAAAGGGAAGAAUGUAAGACUUGCAAAUCUGUGCAAAGACACUAAGCUUUAGUUUGAGUUACAUAAGACAAUUGCACAGAGAUAAAUUCAGUCAGAAAACAUUCUUGAAUUGAGAACUUUAUUUUUUCAAAGGCAUUAAAUUCUGCUUGGUUUCUAGUGACUAGCUACUGGGAAAAUAGUGCUUAACAAACUAUCAACUAAAGUUUUAAAACUACAAGAAUUCCCCAUUUAACAAGAUAUAUAUAUAUAUAUGUGUUUGUGCAUGUGUGUGUGUGUAUAUACACACACACACACACACACACACACACAUAUAUCUUGUAAUUCUCUUUACAGUGGGGCUAAUCAAGGGAGAAGGAAUUGGGUAAAGGAAUUAAGUAUUUUGGUGCUUGCUUCCUACAAAGAGAUUAACUUUAUUUUAAAUCAAAAGAACUUACAGCAAUGGCAUUAAGGCAUUGCUUGCUAAAUUGACACAUAAAUUUACAACAUGGACUGAAUUUGUUUUCCCCACUAUGUUUUAAAGGAGCAAGUGUUUUAAAAAUAGUCAUAAAACAUGGAGUAUUUUACAUUUGAUCAGUAUUCCCCCUCUUUUGGAUGGGGUGUGCCUGGGAUAAGUAGUAAUACUAUGUAGUAUGACUUAACAAGAGAGGGGAGAGGUAGAUGGACUAAUAAACUUUACUCCUUUUUCUUAUUCCAGGAAAAAGAAAGAAUUCUUAAACAGUCUUGGGCUAAGCUUUGCUUUUAGCAAGGUACAUUAAAUUACAAAUAGGCGCAUCUCAUUACAAAUAGCUAACAUGAGAACCAAGUUCUUAGACUGACACUUGGGAAGUUUUCAAGCCAGUUGAAGUAGGACAUUGAAGAGGUUAGAAUUAAAUUCUGACAUUUGGGCCAGAAACAAAGAAAUUUGUUUUGAAAGUGUUAAUAUUCUUUUACUAGUUUGCCUUAUAUAAGUGGCAUUAAUGUCUAUGUCAUCUAAUUGAAUGAUAAGCCUUUACUAUAAAGAAGAUUAAAUUCAGAAUGGUUCCAGAUAAUAGAGAAGCACUUACUGGACCUUUCUAAAUAAUAUUUACUUAAGCUCUAAGGUUGCUGGUAGUGGUUGUAGUUAAGGGAUAGUCAUUGAUAGAAAAAUGAAAGUUCAGUCUACAUUUGUCUUCAGGGUAAAUCUAAACCCAUAACUUCCUCUUUGCAUUUUCCUUUUAAAGCCUGUGUUAAAUAUAAGAUCCUACCCAGUAUUCACAUUUUUUUUUUUAAACUAUUUUUCUGAUCUUUUUAAGGCAGUAUUAUUUCCCAGAAUUGUCAGGGUUGCAGCAAAAGACAGCCUUGUUGUUUUGUAAAGCACUUUAAAUAUCUUUGAGAAAAAUGGUGCUGUGAACGUUAUUAUCAUGUGAAUUAGUACAGCUGCUUUUCUUUUCUAGAUGGAUGUUGGUGUAAUUCUCAACUUUUCUGCCUUUGGGAUUGUCUUUAUUUCUUGGUUGUACACAUGGACCUAAUUAUGUGUCGAAUAAACUAAUCAAAUAAACUUGCUUCAGCAGCUCCGUUAA